CGCCAGCUAGUCACCACCCGGAAGCCGCGCGGCCCUCCGCGCAUGCGCAUCCCGGCGCCCGCCCUUAGGCCCGGGCCCGCCAUCAGCCCCGGCCCGGGGCGCCUGGCCGGGGCCGCUAUGGGCAGCGCAAUCAACUCUUAUGUUGAGUGUUGUGAGUCUCUGAAGUACCUUAGCAGGUUCUUGCACUCUUCUUAGAAGGCCAGGUGUCACAGGGAAGUGUUACAAGAAUUCACUGGCAUCCAGGAGCGGCAGUGGAUUCCCGACCUUCUGCUGGGUGGCAGCACCGUUAAAAAUGUCUCUUCCUUCCUGGAAAUUCAGCAAAGAGUUAGCGUUCCCAGACUGUUGGAUCUCUUCCAUGUUACUGGAUAAUAUUUGCUAUGUGCCCUGUAAAUCCUGCCCUGGGACUCUGUGACCGGUGGGGUGCCUGAUGCCUGUAAUCCCCAUUCCCCGCCGGGUCCGUUCGUUCCACGGCCCCCACACGACCUGCCUGCAUUCGGCCUGUGGCCCGGUGAGGACCACUCACUUGGUGCGCACCAAGUACAACAAUUUCGACAUCUAUCUCAAAUCCCGAUGGAUGUAUGGAUUCAUCCGUUUCCUGCUGUACUUCAGCUGCAGCCUAUUUACCUCCAUCCUCUGGGUGGCACUCUCUAUCUUGUUUUGCCUUCAGUACCUUGGCAUCCGGAUCUUUCUGCGUUUCCAGUACAAACUCUCCAUCAUCCUCCUCUUACUGGGGCGAAGGCGGGUAGACUUCAGCCUCAUGAAUGAACUACUCAUCUAUGGAAUUCAUGUGACCAUGCUGCUAGUGGGGGGACUGGGAUGGUGCUUCAUGGUAUUUGUUGAUAUGUAAAUAAAACAAGCGCAUGUGGGCUGAGAAGGUGACUUUUCUUCUACCCCAAAAUGUGUCAAUAUCUUCUUUUUUUAUAUAAAUUAAUUUAUUUAUCAGUGCUACUUUUUAUUGAUAAAUCAACGUACUUGUCUCUGGAAUAUUGGGGUUUUUUUCAGGGUUGAGAUGCCAUUUUAUCAAAAUGCAACACUUGAUUGGGUGUUUUUUCUUUGCACAGUGCAAGUUAAUAUGAAUUUCUUGUGGUCCAUAGGAGCCUACCUAGCUGCUGAUGCUGUAUUUCUGUGGGCCUAAAAAAGGCAGUGAUUUAUCUGGGGGACAGGAGCUUGAUAUCUCUGCACCCCACACUCUUAAUCCAUCUUCACCCUUUUUCUAAAAGUGUUUUUUAAUGUCUCAGCCAUGUAAUGUUUACCCUAUUUGACCAGUAUUAUCCUUUCUCUGUCAUUUGCGUUUUGCGUAAUCCGCACUAAGAAUAUGGAGCCAAAUUCAACAGAGUUUAGGGUUUUCGUUCUCUCUUGGUUUUAGGUUUGUGCAAGACACUUCUGACCCACUCUACUGUUGCGUUCACUUUAAUGUAAUUCUGUAGCUCUGAGUGGCUUUGUCCUUUUCAGGCAAUUAGUGAUGAGUAAUUGAGUCUUCCUGUGAUAGAGCAAAUCCACGGGAGUGAUGGGGAGCAGAGUUUGGUAUCGCGUGCUCUCGAAAUUCCCAGUCACGGGAAAUAUGUUAUCAUUUUGCAGUGAUCAAGGGGAACCUGCUGCAAUGAGCUCUAGUGUUUGGAUCUUGGCAUUUGGUUCUGCUUUUCUCUGAAUUGAUUAGUCCCCGUUUUCUCACAGAGGUAAUUUUGCCUUAUGGAGUACAGCAAAAUGAGGCUGUGUCACCUAGGAGAGGCUGAAAGCAGAGCGCGGUCUGAAGUGGUGAUAAUUGUCUGCGAUUACAGAAAACGUUCUCUUUCAUAUCUGUGCAGCAGUGCGAGUGGGGUCACUGCGGAGCUUCACCAACACCUCAAGAGGAGAGCUGAGCAUUGCGCUCCGUGUUACUGGUCUUGGUCUAAGAUCUCAGGCUGUUCUUCUGCAGUCAGUCAAGGAAAUCUUUAUUUAUGGAGGCCAGAAGCUGGCCUAGAGUUUAUUUUUACUCUGCUUUUGUUUGUUUGUUUCUCCUUAUAAUGGAAUAUUGCUCUUUUUCCGGUGUUCCUUAAAGAACUGUUUAAAAACAAGUUGUUGAAUGUUACAGAAACCCUUUUUUUCCCCCUUGUGAAAUGAAGUGGAUCAUAAUGGAAUAAGCAAGACUGGAAAUAUGUGACUGUUCUUUUGUGAUCUUGGUCAGAGAUGUGAAUGUGGAUGAGAACAAAGCCAGUUUGCACCCAAGAAAGGAUGCAAUUUCAGCUUGUGAGUAUUGCAGUCUUUAGCUGCCAUACUUCGAUUUAUAGGCUUAUGGGUACAAAAUAGGGAAGCUUCUGUCUGAAGCCCAAAGCUAAAGCAAACCCAGAAAUGAUCUCAUUAUCAAGUGUUACAAGUAACGCAGACUGAACAUGCAGAGCUGAAUAAAUAAUGGGCCGUGGUGGUGUGAACUUUAGAUUAGCCCCGUGAGAAUGAAAGGCUGUUUCUGCAGGAAAGAUGUAGUGUCAGCAUAUGUCACAAACCCACGUCUGGAAGUUUCCUCCUAACUGUAGAGCUCCUCAGAGCUUUGUUCUGGGAUUGCUCUCCAGACUGCAUCUCCUCAGUGUCCUGUAGGUGUGAGCUGCAGCUUGCUCUGUGGGCAGAGGGAAUUCCCAGUAAUUCCCAGCCCAGUGCUUUCCUCCCCAGUACAGCUGCCAGCCUGGGGCAUUGCAGCUCUGGUGUGUGGACUGCGGGACUCCCAGGGUGGUUGUGCUCAGGCAUUUAUCUAGGAAACAUUACAGCUGGCCAGCAAACAACCCUGGUGCAAGCUGAGAGACCAGCAGGACCCCAGCAGGUACAGCUGAGAGCAGCUCUCCUUUGCCCUUUGCAGGAGGCAGAGUGUGGUGGCUGGUUGGAGGGUAGGACCUUGUUUCACCUCAGAGUGGCUGUAUUUCAGCCUUCCUUAUAAUGAUGAGUUAAAGGGUGAUUUGUGGUACACAUGGGUGCUACUUUGCUCCCCACCCAUGCCUCCUUCAGCUGGUGGGUGCUCUGUGAUGGGUGCUCUCGACUGCUUGGCUAAACCUGUAGGAGUUUGGUUCAGGUUCUUAAGGAAAUAGCAGUCAUGGCUGUCACUGUCCCGAACUUCUCCUGUUUCACCCUGUUCUUUGAAAACCCACACAAGAACAGGGUGAUACAGUGAGCUUUGAUGUAUCUGAGCCUGGAAACCGGAACACCGCUCAUGCGAUUGACACAUGAAUAACAGGUGGCUGUUCCAAGACUUAUUCAGUCAGGGAACAAAAGAGGUUGUGAGUAGAGGGAGUCUCAUACUUACCUUUUCCAUCACAUGUAAUUUGACUACGACCACUUUAUUCCAUAAAUAUAACAGCCUGAGUGUGCUUUUUUUGAACUCUCCCUGCUGAGCAGCUGGCUGUGUGGCGGUGAUCUCCCCCUGAGUUGGGAUUCCUCUCAAGGUUACUCCUUAAGGCUGAGAGACUCCUUAGCAACUGCAGAUCUUUGGGAAGUGAGCAAUACUGUGCAUAACCUUGUGUCACAGGGCAUUAAGAUCUCGUAUUGGUAACUUUGGAUUAUUAUUCUAUCCUCUGUGCAGUAAGUAAUAGAUUGAACCUUGCCAGCGGACUUUUUUAAGCCUCGCUUUUACAACAUCUUGCUUCAAUAAAAGCACUUUUGCUGCUCCCUUUGGCGGUGGUUCUUUAAGCAGUCCAAAUCUGCUCUGCAGCGCUCCUGCAGCAUCAGUUGAACGAACAAGGACUUCUGCGUUGCAGUUCAUUGCUUUACUGCACAGACUUCCGUCAGCCUUCCUCAUCCAGAUUCAGUGGUGCAUACUAAGAAAAAAGUACAUGUCCUUAUGAAAUCACAAAAUAGCAAUGUUUGCCAAAUGCCCAGACAUUCCUCGAGAGAGAGCCUGGGGCUAAGUUGCUUAGAAGACAGUGGGAAGUGAUUUCCCUGUCUUUUACAUGGGUACCUACUGUCCGAAUGCCCUGAAUCUCAGGUCUGUAAUUGCACACAAAGGUAGACAACCCCGAGGUUAAAUAAUUGAGGAGACCUCAAAGAUACGACGAAGUUCAAAAUACUCUCAUUCUUGGCUAUUACCAACAGCUGGACACCUUGCAGUGCUUGGGUGGUGUGACCCUAUCAGCGUAGUGAGGGUAUGAGGUCCCUUUGAAGCAAUGCUGGAAAGGCAGAGGAAUCGGUUUUCAAAUGAUUUGUUUCUAUGAUGUAAUAAUGUGAAUAGUUUAGAUCUACAUAAGUGGAGCAAUAUUUGGCACCUUUAUGGCACUUUUCCUCUUCAACCGAUUUUCCAGCUGGAGCUAAUUAAACCUCACAACAUCCCUUGGAGAUUGCAGAAUAAGUAAGAUCUUGGUAAUGGUUCAGAAUUUAAAUUCAGUGGUUUUGAAUUUGAGAAAAUUUUUUUUUACUUGUUUGGAAUUUCUUUGCCAAAAUAUUUUUUUCCGAAGGAACUGAGAUUCUACAAGUUUCUUAUAAGCUCAAGGGGAGCCAAGCCACAACUGGGAGAGGAAAAAAAGAGGCAGAAUAAAUGUUAUGUUAAGUAUGUGCAAAGAAUAACAUGUUGGUGGUUUUUUUCCCAUUUAGUUUAAUUGAAAAAAAUGACGUUUUUAAUAAAAGGGACGGCAAAACCAACAAAUAAGGCAAUAGGGGAAUCUGAACUUUCUGCUUUUCAAGAGUCAAAUAAGUUGCAUAUAAUGGUGUUUGUCAGAAAUACUUCAUGUUGAGUACCUUGUUGCAAACUGUGCCCCACGGGGGAAGUUCAUAUUGUUUGAGUUUUUUUUACUCUUUCCAAAUUCAUUGAUGCUUGGGGGGGGGGGGUGCGUCAGGCUCCAAAAUGCACCGGCUCUUCCCGUCUUACUAUAUAGAUGGCUGUAACUCAAUAAUCGUUUGGAAUUUUCAUUGCAGCGUUCCUUCGUGCCCAUUCCAUCCUGAACAGUGAGAGCAGCUGGUUUGUUUCCUCUGUUUUGUUUCUUUCCUUUCCGUGUCUGGGCUUUAAAUUAUGCUUGGGUCUCAAGAGUAAUUAGGAAAAAUGUUAAAAAUACUGAUUUAGGAGAGUGCAUCCAUCCCAGACCCAUGCCGACCCCUUUGGAGAACUUCUGCUGUGCGUCAUGCUCCCUCCAGAGCUUUCCAGGUGUUUGUUCCGGCUGCAUUGCACAGACUUGAGACCAGGGAUGAUGGUACGUGUGGUGGCAAAGCUGCCUUGGCCCGUUGUUCAACCUGUGAAUGUGCGAAUGUAUGAACGAGACUGAAGUGCUGGAGUUCCACCUUGUUAACUCUUCAGAACAUGACACCAGCUGGUGUUUUGGGUGUCUGUAAAUUCUGUAUGAAACACACCACCUACAUUAAACUUAUUUUUUUAACA